UCCCGGGUCCCCACCCGGAUGGCGGCGACGCUGCGCGUGGAGCCCGCGGGCCGCUGCUGCUGGGACACGCCGGUGCGCAUCUCCGUGCGCGGCCUGGCGCCCGGGCAGCCGGUCACGAUGCGCGCGUCCCUGCGCGACGAGAGGGGCGCGCGCUUCCGGGCCCACGCGCGCUACCGCGCCGACGCCCGCGGCGAGCUGGACCUGGCGCGCGCGCCGGCGCUGGGCGGCAGCUUCGCGGGGCUGGAGCCCAUGGGGCUGCUCUGGGCGCUGGAGCCCGAGGCGUGUGAGCCGCCCUGGGCGCGGCUGGUGAAGCGCGACGUGCGGACGCCGUUCGCCGUGGAGCUGGAGGCGCUGGACGGCCACGGGCCCGCGGCCGGGCGGCUGCUGGGCCGGGCGCUGCACGAGCGCCACUUCCUGCCGCCCGGGGUGCGGCGGGCGCCGGUGCGCGCCGGCCGGGUGCGCGCCACGCUCUUCCUGCCGCCAGAACCUGGGCCCUUUCCUGGGAUUGUGGACAUAUUGGGAGCUGGAGGUGGCCUUCUGGAAUACCGGGCAAGUUUGCUGGCUGGGAAGGGCUUUGCUGUGAUGGCUCUGGCUUAUUAUAAGUAUGAAGACCUCCCCAAAAGCAUUGACAACCUCCACCUGGAGUACUUUGAAGAAGCCGUGAACUACUUGCGCAAUCACCCUGAGGUACGGGGCCCAGGAGUGGGGCUGCUUGGAAUCUCCAAAGGGGGUGACCUGUGCCUUUCCAUGGCCUCUUUCCUGAAGGGCAUCACAGCCACUGUCAUCAUCAACGGCUCUGUGGCCAAUGUCGGGGGGGCCUUACACUACAAGGGGGGGACCCUACCCCCUCUGGGUGUCAACCCAAAUCGAAUUAGGGUGACCAGUGAUGGCUUUGCAGACAUCAUAGAUGCCUUGAACAGCCCUUUAGAAGGACCCGAUCAGAAGAGCUUUAUUCCUGUGGAAAGGGCCGAGAGUGCCUUCCUGUUCCUUGUUGGUCAGGAGGACCGCAACUGGAAUAGUGAGUUGUAUGCUGCUGAGGCUUCCAAGCGCUUGCAGGCCCACGGGAGGGAGAAACCCCAGGUCAUCUGUUACCCAGGGGCAGGGCACUAUAUUGAGCCGCCUUACCUCCCCUUUUGCCAGGCAUCCCUGCACGCCUUGGUGGGCAGACCUGUCAUCUGGGGCGGGGAGCCCAGGGCUCAUGCUGCUGCCCAGGUGCAUGCCUGGAAGCAACUCCAGACUUUUUUCCACAAACACUUGGGUGGUGGAGAGGGGGCAAUCCCAGAAAGGCUCUGAUGUGGAGUGGAGUGUUUGGCAUCUAUGAUGCUAAUCUCUCCUGGGAACAGAUGCCAUAGUU